AUGGCCCUGUCCUAUAGCAAACAGAGGUCCGCAAUCGAGAGGGAGUAUGGGCAGGCACUGCAGAGACUGGCAAGCCAGUUCCAGAAGAGAGACUGGCAGCGGGCCCGCAGUGAAGCCAACGACUCGAGGAGCGUUGUUGCUGUCUGGAAGGGCGUCAUUGACGGUACCAUGUACACCGGGCAGGCCCGUGUCACUGCCUCAGAGAGCUAUCGCACCAUCGCCCUGGAGGCCUCCAAGACUGCUCGCGUGUCCAAGGAGCGGAUGCUCAAGAAGAGCAUUGAGCAGUUGCAGAAGGUGCAGGCCGAGCUGCUGGAGACGGUGAAGGAACUGGGCAAGGCGAAGAAGCAGUUUACGCACCUCCAGCGGAGCAACGAAGUGGCCAAGGACAAAGCCGCUGAUGUGGAGGCCCGGCUCCGUAAGAUCGACCUGGGGAUAUUUCACACUAAGGCCAGCCUUCAAAAGCUAAGUGCCAAGUUCUCCGCGCAGCUGGCUGAGUACUCAAAGAAGCUCACAGGGGUGCACAAUGAGUACGUCCUCACGCUGGUGUCUGCCAAUGCCCACCUGGACCACUACUACCGUGUGGAGUUGCCUGCUGUCAUGGAGGCCCUGGACGGUGACCUUUACGAGCGGCUCCGGGACCACUUGACCUUGAUCAGCCAGACGGAGAUUGAGAUCUGCCAGGCGACUCAGGAAUGGUUCCAGCGUGUUUUGGAGUCAUCCACGCAGAUAUGCCGGGAGCAGAACCUCCUCCUCUUCCUCCAGGACCACACUGCAUUCACGAUGACACCAGAGCAGCGAUUUCAGCUCGCUGGUGUGGACCAGAUGUGUCUCCUGGAGCCAGAGAGCAGCAGCGCCAGUGAGAGCAGCCUGGAGAAGGAGGUGCGGCGCUGGGCCACACGAGCAGCCAAGGACUACAAAAUCAAGAUGCACAGCGAGCAGGUCCUGCAGAGGCUGGAGACCAGGAGGCGGCAGGCCCCGGAGGCAGAGGUGGCCGCCAUGGAGCGACGGAUGGAGGAAGUGAGAGAGAACAUCCGGAAGGCAGAGGUCAGCAAGGUGAAGGCGGAUGCCCGGCUAGCGCUGCUUCGCACAACCGGGCUGGAUGUGGACGCCUGGCUGGCAGGGGCCGUGGCGCAGGCGUUGGAGGAGCUGGAGCGUGAGCGGAGCCUAAGCGCAGCCCAGCAGGCCGAGAAGGAGUUGGUACCUGCGACAGAAGAGUUCGACCUGGCGGAGUUUGACGACUACGAUGACAGCGUUGACCUGUUUGAAGACGUCGACCCUGGCCCUGCUGCCCGCACAUAUCCUUAUACUUGCCGGGUGAUUUUCGGAUACCAGGGCUGCCAGGCAGAUGAGCUGUCCAUCGCUCAGGGAGAGGAGCUGGAGAUCAUCGAGGACGGUGAUGUCGAGGAGUGGGUGAAGGCCCGGAACAAGGCAGGCCAGGUCGGCUAUGUCCCCGAGAAGUACCUGCUGUCCCUGGGCUGUGCAGGCAGCGAAGCAGGCUCUGCAGCUGGGGGCAACGCUGCAGAGUCCUCGGAGACAGCCCUGCACCGGCAGCUCUCCAGCAUCAUGGCCGUGGAGCUGGUCCUGGAGCCCGGAGCCUGGCUGGUGCGAGCCCUCUACGACUACGAGGGGCAGAGCCCCGAGGAGCUGAGCUUCCCCGAGGGCGCCAUCAUCCGCGUGCUGCCCCGGGCGGAGGGCGAGGUGGACGACGGCUUCUGGACGGGAGACUUCAAUGGCCGCAUUGGUCUGGUGGUGGAGGAGCUCACUGGGGCUGGGGGCUCUGCUGGGCAGGAGCUGCCCUCACCCUCCCCUCCGCCGUUCUCCCCUCCCGGCCUCGCGCCCGGGUCCAGCGGUCCAACUCCUUUCUCCUCACCUUUCUGUCUUUAA